UGAUAUUUUACGGUAUUCUGAACUAUUUAGUCCGUUGUUACUUUUGAUUGAUAUAAGCGGCAUCCAAACUUCCGCAUUGAUGUUUAUAACUACAAUAUACACAUUUCAGUAAAAGGUAAUCCUAAAAAAAAAACUCAACAUGGCCCUUGGGGGCAACGGGCCGAUGAAAGCCUCUACAGUGCCGUACUUCUAUGGGCGGAUAACACGUGAUGAGGCUGAGGAAAUCUUGAACGACCAUUUCUGUGAGGAAGGCAUGUUUCUAUUGAGAGAAAGCAUCAGUCCUCUGGGGAAUUACGCGAUCAGCCUGUGCCAUGAUAAAAAAGUUCAUCACUACAGCAUUGAGAAGCAGACAGAUGGUACCUACAUGAUACCAGCAGGGAAAAAAUUCCUGGGACCAAUAGAGCUCAUUGUUCAUCACCAGCAAAGUCAAGAUGGCGUCAUCACGUUACUACGGAAAGCCUGCAACCGUCCAGAUCACAUGGCCCCCGUGGCAUUUAGGGGAAUGACGUAUUCCGACUUGGAGUCAGAGUUGAUUCGGAAAGCUGAUUCCAUAAAGGGAGUUGACAAACAAAAAGCCCUAGGCACACAGAGAGAACAUUUGGUGGUGAUAGUGUCCAGAGAUCUGCAUUUGAAACAGCCAUGGUACCACGGAAAAAUUGAUCGCAAUGAUUCAGAAAAGCGAUUGCGCAGUUCUGGUCACAAAGAUGGGAAAUUUUUAGUUCGAAUGCGAGAGGACAAGAAGACAUUCGCAAUUUGUAUCAGCUUUAAGUCGGAGACCCGCCAUUACAAAAUCGACAAAGACGAAAACAAGAAGUUCGGCAUUCAGGACGGACCAAAGUUCGACUGUAUUAUGAUGUUAAUUGACCACUAUCAUAACAAACAAGAUGGCCUACUGUGUAAGCUGACAGAACCGGUUGCUUGCCCAGGCUAUGACAAGGAGCAGUUGAAAAAAUAUAUGGAGUUCAACAGACAGAAUAUGGAUUAUUUCCGAUUGCCUGGGAAACCAAAGGUGACAAGAAAUCCCUCGAGUGCCUCGAAUUCAUCCCAGGGUGAACAACGUCCCCCGCUGCCGCCUUUAACAAAACGAGAGAGUCUCAACCGCCCAACUGCAGGGGCAGUGGGAGGACAGGCUGGAGCACAGGUAGGAGGAAAGCAGCGGGCCCUGCCGCCCACCCCAGACGAGAGCAGUCGAUGGUUUGCUGCAGGGGACUGGGAGGGGGAUAGUCACAGAGGAGCGACUGCUGGGUUUGACAGUCGGCGUGUGGCUUUGAAAGAUCUGGGUAUGAAUCCAGAAGAUCUGGAGGGGAUUUAUGGCUCCUUGCCAAGAAAGUUGGAAGACUUUGAGCUGCGACGAGAUCAGAUCGAUUUGCAAGACCAAUUAGGUGCUGGCCAGUUCGGGUCUGUGUGUAGGGGGACGUGCAAGAAAAAUGGCAAGACCAUCCCGGUUGCUGUGAAGACGUUAAAACAGGAAGAUGUUACGCCACAUCAGGAGCCUGAAUUGUUGAAGGAAGCUCGAAUCAUGAUGCCCCUGAGUCACAAAAACAUUGUUCGUAUGAUUGGGGUGUGUAAAUCUGGAUGUCUUAUGCUGGUGCUGGAGUUAGCUCCCCUAGGAUGUUUAAACACCUUUUUGAGUGCUCACAAAAAUUUUCCGCAAGCUGACAUAGUUUUGUUGCUACACCAGGUGGCCAUGGGAAUGGAAUACCUCGAGUCAAUGAAGUUUGUGCAUCGAGAUCUUGCGGCCAGAAACGUUCUUCUUGUUACAGAGACUUUUGCCAAAAUCAGUGACUUUGGAAUGUCCAAGGCUCUUCAACGAGACAACAAUUAUUAUGAAGCCAAAGAAGCAGGCAAGUGGCCCCUGAAGUGGUACGCCCCAGAGUGUGUGUACUACUGGAAGUUUGACUCAAAGUCUGACGUGUGGAGCUAUGGGGUCACUAUGUGGGAGGCAACGUCGUAUGGAGACAAACCUUAUAAGGGCAAACGUGGUCAGGAGAUUCUCAAGUUCCUUGUAGAGGAAGAGAAGCGAAUGGAGAAGCCCCCUCUGUGUGAUGAAGACGUGUAUAAUGUAAUGCUCAGCUGCUGGGAAUACGAUAAAAAUAACCGACCGGACUUUAAGGAGCUAGCUGUCAUCCUGAAAUCCAUCAUUGGCAAUCGGAGGCGCUCUCUACGUCGCCCGGCGGAGCGCCUGAUUCAAGAUUCGGAUGAAAUGUUGGAAAGAUCGAGCAUACCCACUACAUAAUGAUGAAUCGAUUAGUUUUUGCUUUCGAAAUUGCGCUUCUUUGCCACAAAUGACUUGAACUGAAAAAGAGCGGAAUCGAAUAAUCUUGCAUGUACUCAUUUGAUUGUAAACUUAUUACAUUUUUUACUGACUGCAGAGCUUAAAACGUAUCACUAUUUCUAAUAUAUAGAAAUAUGUCAGCAAAAAGUAAACAAACUGUUCUGAUUCGAUUUUGAAAAAAAUCGCUCUGGGUACGAUGCAUGACAACUAAUGCAUAUCUUGUUGCUUCCAUGCUAUAUCCCAAAAAACGCAAUAAUUUGGCAUCAAUGCACAAUUCCAACACAAAGUAUGUUUGCUUCCAUGGAACGCUUCCAAUGUUAAUUUUGUAGCUACCAUGACACUUGUCAAAUGAAAUUGUGUAGUUUCCAUGGAACAUUUUCAAAACACAAUCUUGUGAUUUCCAAUAAGCAUUUUCAAACGUAAUCUUGAAGCUUCUAUGUAGCAUUUCCAAAACAUUUUGGCUUCCGCUAAACAUUUCCAAAAUUCAUUCUAUAUCUUUCAUGGUACAUUAUCAAAACGUAGUUCUGCUGCUUCCAGAGAGAGAUUGCAAAAUGUGAUCUUUUUGCCUCCAUUUCCAAAACGCGAUAUUUUUGGCCUUCAUGAAACCUCUCCAGGAACCUUCCAAAAAAACAAAAUCCUGUGUUUUUUAGGGAAUUUUUUCCCCAAACUUUAUCGUGUGACUUUCAUUUGGGAGAUAACAGCAUGUAUCAUUCGUCGUGUUGCGGUGUAAGACACAGUAACCUGCUAAGCCUUGUGUUGAUAUUGAACUGACGUUCGCAAUAUUCUGAAAAAUAACAUCCACGACAUUAAAUGUCAACUCUAUGGGCAAUGACAAACUAAUUGAAAUUAAGUAUGUAAGUUAAUUUUGGGAAACAAAUGUUCAUGCAACGUAAGUUAAUAUUUUAGUUUGAAGUGUUAACAUUUUCGAAAAAGUUCAAUUGCCAAAGAUUUGUAUUACGGUUGAACUAUUUAUAAGUUUAUCUAUAAACUUUUAAUGUUGUAUAUUAUGGUAAUUUAAAUAAUUUAGAAUUAUUGUCAUUUAUUUUGUGCUUAAAAUGCCAUGUCUAUGUA